UGUUUUGAGAACCGACGAUGGCCGCGAGGAAAGUCGCUCCGCUCACCAAAGGCCUUGCCUUUCUCCGCCCGCAGUGCGGCGGUCCCGCCUUCUCCUCCGUCGCAGCUCUCGUCGGCGACCUAUGCCGUGUCCUCAGCGACCACCGUUCCCCCCACCACGAUCUCCAUGCGGCGCUCCGUCCUUUCGCGUCCGUCCUCACUCCCGAAGCCGCGGAAGAGGUCCUCAGGCGUUGCCGCCACCUCCCCUCCUCCGUCCACCGUUUCUUCCUUUGGUCCUCCGCGCUCCCUGGAUUCCGCCACGCUCCUUCCGCCCACAAUGCUCUAGUCCGCGCCCUCGGCGCUGCCCGACAGUUCCCUAUCCUGUGGUCCCUGCUGUCCGAGCACCGAGAGGACGGACGUGGCGGCGACCUCAUCCGGCCCGAAACAUUUUGGCUACUCUUCCGCUUCUACGCUCGUGCCCGCCUCCCCGAUGAUGCUGUCCGAGCUUUCAGAAGGAUGACUGACUUCGGCCUCGACCCGGACCUCGAAGACUUCCAUCAACUCCUCUCUCCCUUCUGCCGCAAUGGCCUCGUAGAAGCCGCACAGUCAUUCUUCGACCACUUCAAGUCCCGCUUCCCUGUGAAUCAAAAAACUUUUAGCAUUUUAAUCAACGGAUGGGCAGACUCGCGGAACCCGAAGGAAGCCCUGCGGCUGUUCGAUGAAAUGCUUAAGAGAGGAUGCUUGGUUGACGUUGCCGCUUACAACUCCUUGAUUUCUGCCCUCUGCAAAGGAGGUGAGCUCGAUCAGGCACAUGUGCGUUUGCAUGAGAUGCAGAAGACUCAUGGGCUCCAUCCUGACGCAGGCACCUAUGCUGCAUUCGUCCGUGCUGCCUGUACAUCCCAUGAUGAGCACACUGCCACCAGAGUGCUUGACAGAAUGAGAAGGCGUAACCUUGUGCCCAACGUCUUCACUUACAAUUGUGUCAUUAAACUUCUAUGUGAGAAAGAGAAGAUGAAUGAGGCUUAUGAGUUGCUUGACGAGAUGAUUGAGCGAGGCGCUAAGCCUGAUGUUUGGAGUUAUAACGCAAUACUGGCCGUUCAUUGCGAACUGCAUGAGGUCAAUAAAUCGCUAAGACUGCUUCUGAGAAUGGACAAGGAUGCCUGCUUGCCUGACCGGCAUACAUACAAUAUGUUGUUGAAGAUGUUGAUUGACUUAGGCAAAACAGAUCGAGCAAUGGAAGUUUGGGAUGGGAUGAAGGGCAGAGGUUUUUACCCUGCAGCACCAUCAUAUUCCGUAAUGAUCCAUGGAUUGUGCAAGAAGAAGGGGAAGGUUGAGGAGGCUUGUCGUUUUUUUGAGAAAAUGGUGGAUGAGGGAAUUCCUCCAUAUCCUGAUACUUGUGAGAUUCUUAGGGAUAAAUUGUUGCAGAUUGGGUUAAGAGAACAGGUUGGUGUUCUUGCUUGCAAGAUGAAAAUGAGCACUUCUUGCAAGAUUCAGGAACUAUCACUUGCAAUGGAGGGAAGAACAAAAGUUGACUUUGUGAAUGAAAAAAAAGGGCAACUCGUUGAACAAAGAUCCCGCCAAAACGGGUCCCGGGAAAGAGUUUGUACGCAGCAGUCCGAUGCACGAAAUUUUCGUCAAUGCAGGUCUCGGGAAAGGGUUUAUUGUACGCAACACCCUGGUGCAUGAAGCUCCCAUCAAUACGGGUUCCGAGAAAGGGUCUAUUGUACGCAGCCUUAGCUUGCGUUACCAGAAGUUGUUUUCGAGACUUAAACCUACAAUCUCUAGGUCACACCAUAACAACUUUAUUGUUGCAUCAAGACUUUGCCAACGAAGCAUAAGGUUAAUUAUUUGUCUUAUCGUGUUCAA